GCAGGGCACUUUUGGUCUCUUCUGCGCUCUCACCGCCUCUCUCCUCAGGCUCCGCCCCCUUUCCCGCCAGUCGCCGCCAAAACAGGAAACUGGAUCGCAGCUGCGGAUCGGCUGGGCGAGCAGCGCGCAGGCGCGAGCGGGCCGGUCCCCUUGACGCGCGCGGCGCGGUUGAAGGGAGAGUGAGUUGCUGAGGUGACCGGGUGACUACUUUUAUCUCCACCAUGGCAGCUCUCCGCUACGCGGGCCUGGACGACACGGACAGUGAGGAUGAGCUGCCUCCGGGCUGGGAGGAGAGAACCACCAAGGACGGCUGGGUGUACUACGCCAACCACACCGAGGAAAAGACCCAGUGGGAACAUCCGAAAACCGGCAAAAGAAAGCGAGUGGCAGGAGAUUUGCCAUAUGGAUGGGAGCAAGAAACUGAUGAGAACGGACAAGUGUUUUUUGUUGACCACAUAAAUAAAAGAACUACCUACUUGGACCCAAGAUUGGCAUUUACUGUGGAUGAUAAUCCAACAAAGCCAACUACCAGACAGAGGUACGACGGUAGCACCACUGCCAUGGAGAUCCUGCAGGGUCGGGACUUCACAGGAAGAGUGGUCCUGGUUACUGGAGCGAAUUCAGGAAUAGGGUUCGAAACUGCCAAGUCCUUUGCCCUCCAUGGUGCACACGUGAUCCUGGCCUGUAGGAAUAUGAGCAGAGCCAGCGAGGCAGUGUCCCGCAUUUUGGAAGAAUGGCACAAAGCCAAGGUAGAAGCAAUGACCCUGGACCUGGCCGUGCUCCGUAGCGUGCAACAUUUUGCUGAAGCGUUCAAGGCCAAGAAUAUGUCUCUUCAUGUGCUUGUGUGUAAUGCGGGGACUUUUGCUCUACCCUGGACCCUCACGAAAGAUGGCCUGGAGACCACCUUCCAGGUGAACCACCUGGGACACUUCUACCUUGUCCAGCUCCUGCAGGAUGUUUUGUGUCGCUCAGCUCCUGCCCGUGUCAUCGUGGUCUCUUCUGAGUCCCACAGAUUCACAGAUAUUAAUGAUUCCUCAGGGAAACUUGACCUCAGCCGCCUGUCUCCAUCUCAGAGUGACUACUGGGCCAUGUUGGCUUAUAACAGAUCCAAGCUUUGCAAUCUCCUCUUCUCCAAUGAGCUUCACCGUCGCCUCUCCCCUCGAGGGGUCACAUCAAAUGCGGUGCACCCUGGAAACAUGAUGUUCUCAUCCAUCCAUCGAAACUCAUGGGUAUACACGUUGCUGUUCACCUUGGCCAGGCCAUUCACCAAGUCCAUGCAACAGGGAGCUGCUACCACUGUCUACUGUGCCGUCGCCCCUGAGCUGGAAGGCCUUGGAGGGAUGUAUUUCAACAACUGCUGCCGUUGCCUGCCAUCUGAAGAGGCUCAGAGUGAAGAGACAGCCCGGGCUCUGUGGAACCUCAGCGAGAGGCUCAUCCAGGACCGACUUGGGAGUCCAUCCAGCUAAUCAGAGCCCCAUAGUUUUAGGCAAAUCCCCACCCAUGCUCUGACCCUCAUUACUGCCAGCCCCAUCACCCUGGGAUGCCCCUAACGCUUCAGUGCAGAGCCAUGAGAGUAAAAGAGCAGCUUAAUCAAUGGGAAAACGUUGAGUGUCAUUGGGAAGUAGGGACUUUCAAGGGACAAAGCCCCUUUUGUAGGACAGGGUCUGCUUGCUUUUCUGGUGGUGGCCUCCUUGAAACUGGAAGCAUGGUUAACAUAUAGGUUCCUUUUCUCAUUGUAGAAGCACAAGUGAUUCUGUAUUACCUUUGGAAUAGCCUAAUGUCCCCUUGACUCACCCAAGUACCACCACAGCCACCACUGCCACCUUUCCAGGCUGAGUUCAGUCCUGGAGGCCAAUGUUUCAAACUUCCCUACCAAGUCUGAUAAGGCUGGGUAACUUUGAGAGAAACUCAGUACCAUGUCCCAACAGAACCGAUGUGAUGGUGCCAGCAGAGGGGAGAAGAGCCGGUGUGCAGAGCUGGUGGGUUCCAAGAGCGCCACUCGCUGUCUUCCUUGCCAAAGCUGUGCAAGCAAUUCUUUAUAGAGUAUACCAAACACAUCCUGAGAAUCAUUCCCUAGACACACAGAUGGGCAAAGAAGGAAGCAAGGCAUCCUUAAGAUACAUGGGAUACUCUUGAGGUGGGAAGCAAGAAGCUCCCUUCAUUCUUCACUCACGCUUCCAAGAACGACCUCCGUAAUGAAUGCCAUGGCCUCUCAGUGCUCCCAAAUUACCAUCUAGCUUCAGCCUCCCUUGGUUUUCCCCAUUUUAUGCUUAAUAAAAGAACAUGCUUGAUUA